UUACAUCAUUUAGUUGAAAACCCAUUAUAAAUCAAUGAGCUAUACAAGUAGUGUCUCGAUGGAUGACAGUACCAUGGUGUUCAACCUGAUGCCAAAUGCUGAUUUUGGUUACAAGGUCCAUGGCGAUCCUUUCUCCACCAACACAAGGCGUGUUCUAGCUGUUCUCCUUGAGAAAGGGAUCUCUUACGAGCCCAUUACCGUUAAUUUGAAAACCGGGGAGCACAAACGGGAAUCUUACCUCUCUCUCAACCCAUUUGGUCAAGUCCCAGUGUUUGAAGAUGGAAACAUUAAGCUAUGUGAGUCUCGAGCCAUCACACAAUACAUUGCAUAUGUGCAUAGCUCAAGAGGCACACAGCUUUUGAAUUUACAAAGCCACAAGACAAUGGGAACACUAACAAUGUGGAUGGAAAUCGAAGCUCACCAGUUCGAUCCAUUCGCAUCUGUACUCACUUGGGAGCAAGUCAUUAAACCUCUCUACGGUCUAGAGACUGACCUGACGGUCGUGGAAGAAAAUGAAGCUAGUCUAGAGAAUGUUCUAAAUGUCUAUGAAAAACGACUCGGAGAAUCUAAAUUCUUGGCUUGUAAUACCUUUACUUUGGUUGAUCUUCACCACUUACCCAAUAUACAAUACCUUUUGGGGACUCCAACGAAAAGAUUGUUUGAAAAUCGACCUAAAGUACGUACGUGGGUGGAUGACAUUACUGGCAGAGAGGCUUGGAAGCUGGCUUGUGAUCAUGACAAGUCGUGGUUUGGUAAGUAAA